CGGAGCGAGGCAAGUGUGUGUAUAUAAACGAGCACUGGUUAAGUGAUUAGUCCCCCCUAACCUGAAAACGGGUCCUGGACCAACUGCAAUCUCGUUUUUACAUUUUCUUCAAUCCAGUCGAACUUGCUUUCUUCUGCUCUUGCUCUUUGCAUUUCUUCUCGUCCUGUUUUUCCAGUUUGAUCUUUUAAGCACCUCCCCGUCCCGGCCCGGAUUGCCGAUUACGGUAGCACGUCACGAAAUCCAUAAAAUCCGGCCGGGGAAACGGAGAGAGAAGGACCACGUCAGUGACUGGCCCAGCUCUGACCUUCUUCUCUAGUUCCGGCUCUGCCUGCGACUCUGGUUUCUGGGGUCACGGGUUCCAGCGCAGUUUGGUCUAGAUUCGGGUCGGAGCUGCGGAGAGAAGACGGUUGUAGUGGGAAGAGGCCGUGACUACCACCUCUGGGAGUUGGAACUCAAGUUUGAAUUCUGUUUCUGUUUCUUCGCUUCCACGUUAGACAUUCGCUCCGUGUAGUUUAAGAACCGUGAUUCGGUUUGCUGGACUGGAGUGGUUAAUUUUAAUAAAGAAGAGCAGCUGCAGAUAGCUGGAUUGCGCUGUGGAAUUGAAAAUUUUCCUUCCUUUUUCGUUUAAAGAAGACGUUUGAGUAAAUUUGGGCAGCUUAGUUUGAUCUAGAGGUGGUAGUUAGAGGAAAAGAGAGGAAAGUUUGUACUCUGUUAUCGUACGAUGGCUGAAGCUGGAGCAAAAUGGCAAGGCCUGAGAUCCGUAGCGAUGGUUGCUCUCAGCUUCCUCCUAGCUUCUGUGUUUGCUUCUGCAGAGCGCAGUCUGAAACAUGGGGCCUCAGGAAACAAUGGAACUCGGGAUGGUGAAUCGGACUAUCUUCUGAAAAUUAUAAAUUUCCUGUGGCAGUCGGGUGAAUCAGGUUACCAACAUGUUUGGCCUGAAAUGAAAUUCGGCUGGAAAGUUAUCGUGGGUACGAUAAUUGGGUUCUGUGGUGCAGCGUUUGGUAGUGUCGGAGGAGUUGGUGGUGGCGGGAUUUUCGUUCCUAUGCUUACUCUGAUUAUUGGGUUUGAUGCGAAAUCAUCAACAGCAAUAUCCAAGUGUAUGAUCAUGGGUGCAGCAGCUUCAACUGUUUACUACAAUCUUAAGCUAAGGCAUCCAACUCUUGAUAUGCCCAUUAUUGACUAUGACUUGGCUUUGCUCUUCCAACCUAUGCUUAUGCUGGGGAUCAGUAUUGGAGUCGCUUUCAAUGUGAUUUUUGCAGACUGGAUGGUUACUGUAUUGCUAAUCAUACUCUUUAUAGGCACAUCAACUAAGGCAUUCUUAAAGGGUGUUGAAACCUGGAAAAAAGAAACCAUAGUAAAAAAGGAAGCUGCUAAGCGCCUGGAGUCAGAUGGUACUGGCAAUGAACAAGUAGAAUAUAAGCCUCUACCUAGUGGCCCAGGCAAUGGCACUCAGCAGGGCACCAUAAAAUCUGGAGAAGCAAACGUUUCUAUUAUUGAGAAUGUCUACUGGAAGGAACUUGGUCUUCUUGUUUUUGUUUGGGUUGCUUUUCUUGUUCUGCAAAUUGUUAUCAAGGACAGUACAACCACCUGUUCGGUACCAUACUGGGUUUUGAACUUAUUGCAGAUACCUAUUGCUGUUGUUGUGAGUGGAUAUGAGGCAAUUAGCCUAUACAGAGGACGGAGAGUGAUUGCAUCAAAGGGAGAUGCAGGCACAAACUGGAAAGUGCACCAGCUGAUUUUGUAUUGUUCCUGUGGUGUACUGGCUGGUAUGGUCGGCGGGCUGCUUGGUCUAGGUGGAGGGUUUAUUUUAGGUCCUCUUUUCUUGGAAUUGGGAAUCCCUCCCCAGGUUUCAAGUGCUACGGCCACUUUUGCCAUGACCUUCUCCUCAUCCAUGUCAGUUGUAGAAUAUUACCUUCUGAAACGUUUUCCAGUUCCAUAUGCUCUCUACUUUGUGGCUGUGGCAACUGUUGCUGCAUUCAUAGGGCAACAUGUGGUCAGAAAGCUGAUCAUCAUAUUGGGGAGGGCAUCUCUCAUCAUCUUCAUUCUGUCACUCACAAUCUUUGUGAGUGCAGUCUCACUAGGUGGAGUUGGCAUUUCAAAUAUGAUUGGGAAGAUCCAGCGGCAUGAGUACAUGGGAUUUGAGAACCUCUGCAAAUAUUCUGCUUAGCACCAUUUGUUUUGGUCUUUUUCUCCUUAAUUUUCCCCAUUAAUUUAGUGGUCUCCUUCAGCUUAGAGGCCUAAAGUCUGGGCUUGUGCUUCUGUACCAAUUUUGGUAUUGCUAGGAUUAAAACAAUUAUUGCCUUUUCUUCUAGCUAUUUCUGUGUUUAAGCUCCCGGCUUCAGGUAUAUGCUUUACAAUUAUUUUACUUGGUUGUUUGUGCACAAGCAUAAAAAAUCAGAGUUAGUCGAA